AUGAGCGAGGAGCGCGUCGAUCCGCCGAUCGAUCGCUACGUUCGAGUGUUGAAGGAGAGGAUCGCGUGGAGCGUCGCGACCUAUUCGACGAGGCGGGCGAUCGGUCUUCGAGACGCGCGCGAGGAGCUGUGGAUCGAGACGGUCCUGGUGUGUAGCGAAAGAGCGCGUCGAGAGAUUGCGGGAGACGCGUCGCCGCGCGAGUCCUUCUACAGUUCUCUGACCGGCGAUAUCGUAUCGGAGAGCGAUUACGCGCACGCGACGCGCGUCUGGAAGCGAUUUAGCGUCGAAAAUCUGGGCGAGUACAGCGAUAUCUAUCUGAAGACCGACGUUCUUCUGCUCGCGGACGUGUUCGAAAAUUUUCGCGCCGCUUGUUUGGAGAGUUACGGUUUAGAUCCCGCGUACUACUUCACGCUGCCGGGAUACACGUGGGACGCGAUGCUUAAGUACACGGGGGUCCGUUUCGAGCUGCUCACCGAUAUCGAUAUGAUGAUGUUCGUGGAACGCGGAAUACGCGGCGGUCUGAGUCAGUGCUCCAACAGAUACGCUCGCGCUAACAACAAGUACAUGAGCGCGUACGAUCCGUCGCGACCGUCGAUCUAUCUGAUGUAUCUAGAUAUCAACAAUCUGUACGGUUGGGCGAUGUGUCAGCCGUUGCCAUACGAGCGAUUCGAGUGGGUCGACGAUCUCGAGAGUCUCGACGUGAUGUCCGUGACGAAGGACUCGACCGUCGGCUACAUUCUCGAGGUCGAUCUCGAUUAUCAGGUCGACGCGCACAACGCCCACGCCGAUCUACCGUUUUGUCCCACGCGCGAUAAGCCGCUGGGGAAGCGGCAGAGCAACCUCCUAGCCACGCUGUACGAUAAGCGCCGAUACGUCACGCACUAUCGCAAUCUGCAGCAGUGCGUUCGUCACGGUCUGCGUCUGACGAAGAUUCAUCGCGCGCUGCGCUUCACGCAGUCGCCGUGGUUACGCGGAUACGUGGAACUUAACACGCGCUUACGCACUAACGCGAGUAACGAUUUCGAGAAGAAUCUGUACAAGUUUAUGAACAACGCCCUCUUCGGCAAGACUAUGGAGAACGUGCGCAAUCGCGUGGACAUUCGACUCGCGACUCGAUGGGACGAUCGAUUCGGAGCCGAGGCGCUCAUCUCCAAGCCGAAUUUUCACAGAAGCGUAUUCUCGGAGAAUCUCAUGGCCGUGGAAUUGCGCAAAUUGGAGGCGAAGAUCGACAAACCGAUCUACGUAGGCAUGUCCAAUCUCGAUAUAUCCAAGAUUCGUCUCUUAGAGUGCGAGGACACGUACGAGCGAAUGAAGCGCAACAUCGAUAGAUUCGACACGAACGAUUACGCCGUCGACAAUCCCUACGGCGUGCCGCGCGCGAAUAAGAAGGUUCUCGGUCUGAUGAAGAACGAGAACAACGGCGCUCUCAUGCUCGAGUUCGUCGGACUCAGAGCGAAGAUGUACACGUUGCGAGUCGAGAGUAGGGGCGUCACUAAGAAGAGCAAGGGUGUAAGGAGCAGCGUCGUCGCGAGAACGCUGACGUUCGACGAUUACGAGCGCUGUCUGAGACGCGAGAUCGAGAUGACUUGCGAGCAGUCGUGCCUGAGAUCCAAGUUACACGAGGUGUAUACCAUGCGCGAGUCGAAGGUCGCGCUCAGUCCGUACGACGAUAAGCGCUACGUCGUGCCGGAUUCGACCGACACUCUGCCGUGGGGGCACUACAGGAUACCUCUGUGA